AUGAAAAGCAAGAUUGAUGUGUUUCUGCGUGACAGAAAAACAAAUAUGGAGUGUUUUUCACAUGACAGAAUUUGUCCAGAUGUUAUUGACUCAGAUCCUUUGGCUAUUCUAGGGAUUACAUAUGAAAAUGAUUUGAAAAUCAAGCCAGGAAAAGUUGUAACACCUACUCAAGUUCAAAAUGAACCAACUUUAAUCUAUGAUGCUGACCCAAGUAGUUAUUACACACUUAUUAUGCAUGAUCCUGAUGCCCCGUCCAGAGAGAAUAAUAUCAAUGGUGAAUGGCAACAUUGGUUAAUAGGUAACAUACCUGGAAAUAGAGUUAAAGAUGGUGAUGUUUUAUCUGAAUAUAUAGGUGCUGGUCCUCCAAAAGAUACAGGUUUACAUCGUUAUGUUUUUGUUGUUUUUAAACAAGAUAGAAAAAUAAAUUUCGAACUUCCAAGAUUAACCUGUCACACAAUGAAAGGAAGAGCAAAGCAAAAAGUCAGAGAUAUAUGCAAAAAAUAUCAUUUAACUGAAUUGGUAGCUAGUAAUUAUUUUAUGGCUGAAUGGGAUGAAUAUGUGGUUCAACUUUAUGCCAAGUUUAGAUAA